CCCGGCUCUUUCCCGCUGCAGGGGGCGACGGAGCCGAGCCGGGAGCCGGGCACGCCGCCCGGAUGGGCCGCGGCUGGCGAGGCUGCCCGCGCCCCCCAGCCCGCCGGGGGCCCCCCCGCCAUGGCCAUCGUGCAGACCCUGCCCGUCUCCAUCGAGGCCGCCCCUGAGGGGGCCGCCCAGCUCCGCGCCGCCGCCCGCUCCCCCCCGUCCUCGCGGGGCGCCAUGGGCAGCGUGGGCAGCCUCAUCGCCGGCCGGCCCUGCCACGACCGCUCCUGCCAGCCCCCCGGCGGCGGGGGCUCCUUCCGUGUGCACGACGGGCUGCUGCGGGCCAGCCCCCCAGACCCCCUGCUCCACGCUCUGCCCCCCAAAAAGCCCUGCUCUGCUGCGCCCGGCGUCGCCCAUGCCUAUGCCAACGAAGGUUUCCACGGGGAGUGGCUGGAGGCCGCCUCUCCCGUCAGCCCCUGCAGCGAUUCAGACGAGGCCCGGGAUGACCGAGCCCCCAGCGGCAGCAUUCGGGGGCCGCCCCCCAAGCUUGUCCCCGUGUCCGGCAAGCUGGAGGAGAACGUGGAGAAGACCCUGAUCCGCCCCAUGGCCUUCAAACCAGUGGUACCCAAAAUCCGGACUGCUCCGGGGCCGGCCAGCCUGGGGGUGCGCCCGGCGGCCCCGGCGCUCUCGGAGAGCCAGGUGAGCCUCACCCACUUGCUGGGGGCCGCCGGGGCCGACAAGCCCGGCUCGCUGAGCUGCCGCGCCAGCAGCCACUCGGGCACGCUCUCAGACUCGGGGCGCAACUCCCUGUCCAGCCUGCCCACCUACAGCACGGGCUGCAGCCAGCACGCCGAGGCGGGCGCCCUCCCGGCCACCCCCCACGGCCACCCCGAGCCCCCGGGUGGCUACCGCCCGCCGGCCGGCCCCUCCAACUCGGACAGCGGGCGCUCGUCCUCCAGCAAGAGCACGGGCUCGCUGAGCGGCCGGGGCCGGCCCUCCUCCGAGAGCGGCUCCUGCGGGCGCUCGCCCCUGCCCGGCGAGGAGGCCCUGCUGGUGCGCGAGCUGGAGGACAAGCUGCGGGAGAGGGAGGCCGAGCUGCAGCUGCUGCGUGACAGCCUGGACGAGAACGAGGUGGCCAUCUGCCAGGUGUACGAGGAGAAGCAGCGGCGCUGCGAGCAGGAGCUGGAGGGUUUGCGGCAGCGCUGCGCAGCCCAGGUGCGGCAGGCGGCCCAGCAGGCGCAGCGCGGGCAGCAGGUCCUGCAGCUCCAGGUGCUGCAGCUGCAGCAGGAGAAGAAGCAGCUGCAGGAGGACUUUGCCCAGCUGCUGCAGGAGCGGGAGCUGCUGGAGCGGCGCUGCGCCUCCUUCCAGAGGGAGCACACCGAGCUGGGACCCCGGCUCGAGGAGACCAAGUGGGAGGUGUGCCAGAAGUCGGGGGAGAUCUCUCUGCUGAAGCAGCAGCUGAAGGAGUCGCAGGCGGAGCUGGCGCAGCGGGGCACGGAGCUGCUGGUGCUGCGGGCGCAGCUGCGGGAGGCGCGGGCCGAGCUGCAGGCGGGCGAGCAGCAGGCGCGGGGGCUGCAGGAGGCCGCCCGGCUCAAGGCGCUGGAGCUGGAGGUGUGCGCCAACGAACUGCAGCGCCGCAAGAGCGAGGCCGACCUCUUCCGCGCCAAGGCGGGCCGGCUGGAGCAGGAGGUGGCGGGGCUGCGGGAAGCCGCCCGCGGACGCUGCCCCGAGCCCGGCGAGGGCUGCCCGGAGCCCGGCGAGGAGGCGCGGGGCAUGGCGGGGCUGCGGAGGCAGCUGGAGAGGCUGCGGGCGGAGGUGGCCCUGGAGAGGCGGCGCGGGCAGGAGCAGCGGGACGCCUUCGAGCAGGAGCGGAGCACGUGGCAGGGCGAGAAGGAGCGGGUGAUCCGCUACCAGAAGCAGCUGCAGUACAACUACAUCCAGAUGUACCGCCGCAACCGGCGCCUCGAGCAGCGCCUCCAGCACCUCCGGCUGCAGGGCGAGGACCCCCCGUCGUCCUCAGAGCCCUGCGACCCCCCCGGGCCGGACCCACCCUUUGAGGAGAUCACGGCCACCGAGAUCUGAGAUGCUGCCCGCCCCGGGCCCCUGCUCGGAGGGUGGGGGGGGCUCCAGCCCCCGGGAUUUUGGGGGCUGGGAGCGGGGGUCCCCACUCUGCUCCCGCUAUGCAGAGACCGCCGGUGCUGGGAGGGGGCAGAGGGGACCUCGGGAGCUGCCCCCUCCCUGGCAUCGAGGUGUUGGGGUGAGGUUGUGUUGGCCCCCCCGCUACGGCAGGGGGGUGCCCUGGAGCUGUGGGGCCGGGGGGUGCUGCGUCACGGCCCCGGGUCCGCCUGGGGCUGGUUCCUGCUGAUCCUCUUAGCGCCCAGGAUUAGCAGCGCUGCCUUCAGCCGGGGUCACCUUGGGCACGGGGAGGGCGGCUUGUCCCCUCCCUCUUGUCCCUCCCAGCACUGUCACCCAGCCCGUGCCCUGUCCCUGCCUUCCCUCUCCCCCCCCCCCCAGCGUGUUUGUCAGGGGAUUCGUUUCUGUGCCAUUUUAAAUAACUCUAUUUUUAUAGGACCUACCAAAAAACGGCGCCCUCUCUGUGCUCACGCCCUGCCUGGCUGUGGACCCCUCACCCCCGCCACCGGGCGCGUUGCCCUCAGUGCCUUCCCCAUGCCCUUGCCCCAGCAUCCCUGUGUGUCUCCCCCCCCCCCCCAAAAAAAAAAGCCCAGCUCGUGCCCCUGUGAUGCCCAGCCUGCUCGGCCCGGGGGAGAGGGGCUCGGUGCGGGGCAGCCAGCGCUGGUCACCAGUGGGGGACACCUCGGGGACACCGGGGUGGGGGACAGGCUCUGUGCCCACGGGGUCAAACCAAAGGAAAAGCCUGGCCGUGCCCAGCUCUGGCUUGCUCGCCCCCAAGCUGUUUGGGGGGGGGGGGGGAGGGGGGUGGAAUUGUAUUUUUGUACUUUAUUUCGGUUGUGUCCCAUUUCCAGAGCCCGGCUCGCCCUUGUACCACCUGGAAACACCGAUUAAAAACAAGCCCCUGGCUGUGUUUUU